CUGACACAUUGUUAUUAUUUUUGCAAAUAAUCAUGCAAAACAUUUAGAGAUUUACCAAAUAACUUAUUAAAAAAUAAAAUGUGUAUGCAUGUGUGUGUAUAUAUGAGAUAAUAUUUAAAGUAUGUUAUGUAUGUGUGCAGAUAUUUCUAACCCUUUGCAUUCGAGGCCUUUUUCGCAAGGACAAACCAGUAACUUUAGACGAUUUUUCGCAUCUAAAUAACGUAUCUAAGAUUAAAGAUUUAUAGUUGUUUUGUAUGCAUGUAUUGUUAAAGGGAUUCAUGAAGCAGUAAUGUCCAAAUAUAACUUAAAUAAACAUCGUUACCGUUCAAAUUAUCGUGUUAAACCGAAUGCUGACCAAUAGUAACUUCUCGAGUGCAUAGGGUUAAUAUAUCACGGAAAUAUAAGUUUUUUAAAAUGAAAAUAAUUGUUUUGUUCAUAUAUGGUGUAUUAAAAGUAUCCGAUCUUCGCGAUAACAUUUCAAGCUAAUAUCAAAUUUAACUAUCCUUUCAUUUUACUGACGAAGUGUGUGUGUUUCUGUGUGUUUCUGUAUCGCUAAUUAUAAAACGCAAGAUAGAAACGGGUGGUUGCCGUUAAACGAGCGGUAAACGCGAUAGGUAGAACGCUAAGGGCAUUGUGCCCUUAGGACCCUUUCAAGAGUCAACUCUACUCGUAACUAUCUCUUUCUCUCUUUUGCUCGUAUGCGCUUAUCGGACGACGGGUUGCAAUGGAAUUUCUUAAAGCAUACUCGGAGGCGUCGUCUUGGCUGUUGUUUCUCGUAACAUUGCGGAAAAGGCGAGUUAUGUUGGCUGAGAAUAUUAUCGUUUUAAGCGGCAUUCCGAUUAAAAGGAGCCUCGCGAGUACACUUCGACGAAAGCUUAAGAACUUGGCCGAGUCUCCGAAAGUCUUGCUGUUACUUGGGGAAAGUAGUAGCAGCAGUAGCAUCACUAGUAGAACAGAAGCAGAAGCAGAAUCAGAAUCAGAAGCAAAAGCAGAAGCUGAAGCAGAAGCAGAAAUAGCAGCAGUGCCCAGGUCGAGUUCUCAAGGUACGACUGGACUAUACCUGGAAAGCUUGUUCUUCGCUUGGUCGACGAGAAUGACGAUACUACUACUACUACUACUACUGUUAUCCAGCCGCUAG